CCUGGUACCCAAAAGUGUGCUCACUGCUCAGCAUUACCCGGAAGUGACUAUCACACGUAGAAUCCUAAAAGCCAUUAGUUUCCUCAAGUAAACAUACACUAUCGGGGUUAUUUUGAAUUUUGAUUUAUUUAAUUUUUUAACUCGUCGUAACUUAACUGUUGGGAAUAUUAGCAUAAAACUACAUAUUUUUACCCUUGCGAUCCUGUUGAUUCUGACGUACGCAAUUUACGCAAAACUACACCGCUGGCGUAGCGAGCGCAAACGCUGACAGCGUCCAAGCCUCUCUACAGUUUUGAGUGAGGCUGUCACUUUUUAGACUACAAGCUGACGGGAAAAGGUGCCUGGAUCCAGUCUCGUAAAUAUUGUACCGGUGCCCGAGGAAUCUGCAGAACUUGUCUGAGCUUGCCAGCAGCAGCCCAACAGCACAUCGAGUGUAGUGGCACCUGCACGGUGCAAUGGCUCUGUUGACUCUCCACAGGAUCCCCUCAAUCAGUGUCGCAGAUGAAACUACCCAAAGGAGAGGGAGAUUUCAGAAAAGGGAGAGCUUUGCCCUUGUGAAGGGAGCGGUGCUUCUUCUAGAAGAGGCCCAAAAAGAGGAGCAUGAUGAGGAAAUGCCUCCCCAGAAACAGGAAGACAGCACCCAGGACAAGCGUCACAAACACAUUCAUGCCAUGGUUGAGCUACUUCGACCAGAAGAUAGCAUCAAGCUGGCUGUGCAAUUGGAGUCCGUCAGCACAGUCCGAGUCAGGUAUCUCAUCGUUGUCUCCACCCGCGCUAACAAAGAUGAGACCAUCCUGCUCGGCAUGGAUUUCCCCAAACAGGACAGUGAUGAGUGCACCAUUGGCUUGGUUCUGCCUGUUUGGAGCGACACACAAGUGUAUCUGGACGGAGAUGGCGGUUUCAGUGUCACAUCAGCAGAAGAAACGAGAAUUUUCAAGCCAGUUUCCAUGCAGACCAUGUGGUCAGUACUUCAGUCAUUGCACGGCUGUUGCGAGCGGGCCGUCAAAGGCGCCGUGAUCCCUGGCUGCGGCCUAGAGUGGGCCCAGCACUACCUGCAGCACGUCGAGUCGGACCGCUUCUGCCUCAAUGAGUGGGAGGCCAUGGAUGACCUGGAGUCGGUCAGGAAGGACAGCGACAGUCAAAAUUCUGCAGACAGAAACUCCAAAGAGAGGCUGAUCAAGGAGCACCUGAGAGAUAUCAUGAGGACAGAAGACCUGGAUAACCUUACAUCUAAGAUGGUCCACACGGCCCUGAAGACGCGAAUCGGCUUUGACAUGAGGCCCUUCAAGGAGUACAUUGAUAACGAGAUCCUGGUCACUAUGGCUCAGAUGGACAAACCCUCCAAGAUUUUUGACUACCUUUACUUGGGCUCCGAGUGGAACGCAGCCAACUUUGAGGAGCUGCAGAAAAACAACGUGGGCUACAUCCUAAACGUAACCAGGGAGAUCGACAACUUCUUCCCAGAAUCCUUCACCUACAUGAACAUCCGAGUGUAUGACGUGGAGUCCACCGAUCUGCUCUCCCACUGGACCGACACGUACAACUUCAUCAACACCGCGAGGAAGAGCGGGCAAGCGGUGUUGGUGCACUGUAAAAUGGGCGUGUCUCGUUCCUCCUCAACCGUGAUCGCCUACGCCAUGAAGCAGCAGCGCUGGUCACUGGAUGUGGCGUUGGCGUACGUGCGGGAUCGUCGGUCCAUCGUCAAACCUAACGACAGCUUCAUGAAGCAGCUGCAGACCUACAGUGGCAUCCUCAACGCCAGCCAGCAGCGCCACAGUUUACUCUGGAGGCGAAAGUCCAAAGACCAGAGGCAGAAAUCGGAGCGCAAAGAUGAUGGAGAUAAGCCAGGUGGAGAUGAUGAAGAGGAGGAGGAGGAAGAAGAUGAGGAAGAAGAGGAAGAGCAGGAGGAUGAAGGCCUCGAUGAGGGUGACAGCAUCACAGAGAGCGAUGAUGAAAAAGAGGAGUUCCCGGAAGAGGUGUUUGCACUGCCCAAUCCCAACCAGGAACCUGGGGAGAAGGCGCCACCUGUCCUCAUCUCUACUCCAAGUGUCAGUCGCAGUGGCCGAAUGAACCUGUUCUCCCUCAUGCAGUCCAUUAGUGAACUAGAUGAUGUGGACAAAGGAUGCAGCCAGCUUCCCAGCAGUCCACGAAGAUCGCCACGUCAACGGAGGCGGAGCCACGGCCGGAAAGGUUUGAUCCACCAAGGCGCUUGUGUGGAUCUGUCACCUGAACCAGGGAGUCUGCAUGAUGCCACCCAUGACGAGCCUUGAAGGAAAAAAAGCUCCUGUUUCUUUUUUUAAGUGAGAACCCGGAAGAACAAGACUUCUAAUAACAUGGCAAGGAUGAUUUUAUCAUACAAUGCAAAUUGCUUUUUUGCAUCUUCAUGUUGUGCCAUUAGAACUGAUGGUUCAUAGCAUUUGCGACACAGACUAGUCUGUUGAUCCAGUGUAUCAAUGACAUUUCAACACUCCACAAUGUCAACUAUGCAAUUCCCACGGAGAUUUGACUAGGUUCUAAACUGUACUUCAGUUUUAUAGUGCAAACUUUAAGUCUGUAUUCCAAUGUGCCAAUGCAUAUAAGUAAUUGAAAAUUUUGUUUUAUAUAUUUUAUGUUAUUACCGCUGGAUGAGUGCCUUCUUAGCAGAGAAUAUUGUAUAAAUGGGCCACGGUAUGGAUAGUGUAUGCAUCCUCUACAUGCUUGGAACGCACCAUUGUUUUGGGAUACUGUUGCAUGGAUAAAUAACUGCUGAUAUUUUGUGCCAGCCUGUGAGAAAUCAUAAUUCAGGUAUAGCCGUGUGUGUUUGCUUAAUUAUUCCAUAUCCUGUAUACAGGAUCUCUUCAUGUUGAUGUUACCCCCCAUUCACUAAUGUUGAUUUUGAUCCAGCUCAUUGUUUUGAACACACACGCACCUUAUUUAUCAAUUGCAGCACGAGCCAACAUCACGCUGUAUUACGAUCAAUACUUUUGUUUUGUAAACACUUUCCACUGGUGUUUUUACUCCAAUGUAUAACUCAUUUGUGGUUACAAGCACAUGAAAAUAAAUUAAGAAAAAAAUAGUUUCUGUUUAAGUUUCUGUAGGUUCGCAAUUAUCUCUUUCAGUAAAGUUG